GGGAGGGCGGGAGGCUGAGCGGAGCCGCGAGAGCGCGCCCAGCCAGAGCCAGAGCCGAGGGAGCCGCGGAGCCGCCGGGCCGGGCGCAACCUGCAACUAGUUCAGUGCCCGCACCCGGGACCGCUCGCGGCUGGCCGGGGCAGUGGCCGGCGCCCGGUUCUCCAAGUUGGUGUCUAAGAAGAUGAUAUUCAUCCAAAUGAAUCACAUCCAUAUGUUCAGCCUUGGGCUUCGCAUCCUCAUCUGUUUCCUUCCUGGAACAAAGGGACAAGGUGAUUCCAGAAGGCAAGAACCCGGAGACUUUGUAAAGCAGGAUAUUGGCGGACUCUCUCCUAAACAUGCCCCGGAUAUUCCAGAUGACAGCACUGACAAUAUCACCAUCUUCACCCGCAUCUUGGACCGGCUUUUGGAUGGCUAUGACAACCGACUGAGACCUGGCCUCGGAGAUGCAGUGACAGAAGUGAAGACUGACAUCUAUGUGACCAGUUUUGGCCCUGUGUCAGACACUGACAUGGAGUAUACCAUCGAUGUGUUUUUCCGGCAGACCUGGCAUGACGAAAGGCUGAAAUUUGACGGACCCAUGAAGAUCCUUCCCCUGAACAAUCUCCUGGCUAGCAAGAUUUGGACCCCAGACACCUUUUUCCACAAUGGCAAGAAAUCGGUGGCUCAUAACAUGACCACACCGAACAAGCUGCUCCGGCUGGUGGACAACGGGACCCUUCUCUACACAAUGAGGUUAACAAUUCAUGCUGAAUGCCCCAUGCACUUGGAAGAUUUUCCUAUGGAUGUGCAUGCCUGCCCCCUGAAGUUUGGGAGUUAUGCCUACACAACAGCUGAAGUGGUCUACUCGUGGACACUUGGAAAGAACAAAUCCGUGGAAGUGGCACAGGACGGCUCUCGUCUGAACCAGUAUGACUUGCUUGGCCACGUUGUUGGGACAGAGAUAAUCCGAUCAAGCACCGGAGAGUAUGUCAUCAUGACUACCCACUUCCAUCUCAAGAGAAAAAUUGGCUACUUUGUGAUCCAGACUUAUUUGCCAUGUAUCAUGACUGUCAUUCUGUCGCAAGUGUCUUUCUGGCUCAACCGGGAAUCUGUUCCUGCCCGCACGGUCUUGGGUGUCACCACUGUUCUCACCAUGACGACCUUGAGUAUCAGUGCCAGAAACUCCUUACCUAAGGUGGCAUAUGCGACGGCCAUGGACUGGUUCAUAGCCGUCUGUUAUGCUUUUGUAUUUUCUGCGCUGAUUGAAUUUGCCACUGUCAACUAUUUCACUAAAAGGAGUUGGGCUUGGGAAGGAAAGAAGGCGACAGAGACUGUGGAGGUGAAGAAAAAGACUCCAGCAGCCCCGGCGAAGAAAACGAGCACCACCUUCAACAUCGUGGGGACCACUUAUCCCAUCAACCUGGCCAAGGACACCGAGUUCACUACUAUCCCCCAGGGCACUGGCGCUGCUGCUGCUGCCAGUGCAACCUCAACCCCGACGCUCAUCGCUUCUCCCAAGACCACUACCUAUGUGCAGGAAAUCCCGGCUGAGACCAAGACCUACAACAGUGUCAGCAAGGUUGACAAAAUUUCCCGCAUAAUCUUCCCCGUGCUCUUUGCCAUUUUCAACCUGGUGUACUGGGCUACCUACGUGAACAGGGAGACAGCUAUCAAGGGCAUGAUCCGUAAACAGUAGAUAGUGGUGAGGCCACAUCUAGAGCACUCUCUCCCCCAGGAGGCAACCAGGCCCCUAACCCCGGAGCUCCCCUUGAUGUGUUUCAGGAUCUUUGUUUUGACUUUCCACCAAGCUCUGACUCCAGUUCAUAUCUGAGUCUCAGUGAAAAAAGUAACAAAAAAAAUUGUACUUGUCCCACGAACAUUAGUGAGUGUGCCCUCAUUGGAGCCGAACACUGCCAUUUUUCCAGUUGGGCAUAUUAGCCUGCCUGUCUCCCCAGCCCACAAUACUGCAUGUAUUCAUUUGCCCUCUGCCCACUGCAGAAAGAACAGGAGACACUAGUCCCCCCAGUGGAUGAUUUGGCUUUUUGAGAGUUUCAAAGUAAGAAAACUGUGAUUGUUUGAGGUCCAGCAAUUCUAACCCAGAAGGGAGCCAGGCUGGGCUAUGACAUGGUCUUUCCAGCCACCCUCUUAUUUAAGAACAGGGCCCACAGGCAUAAGUACUAGGAUCAAAGGCAAGAGCUAGUGCUAACCUAUGAACAAGCCCCUCAGCCUUCUUGUUGGCUUGGAGGUUAGUUAGAAAGAUUGGACCUCACCACUCUAUUGUGGAUGGCCAACACAGAUCCAAGGGAACAAGCAAUGCAUCGAGAUGGCUGUUGCCUGCCAUGUCCAGCCUUUCAGGAAAAUAUGAUCCUCUUGGAGUAACUUUUCUUCUGGAAAGCCUUCUUCCUCAGACUCUCUUCUUGGUAUAUAGAUACUGAGUGAUUUGAGCUCAUUACCAUGUGCAAACUCAUCAGGAAAAGGAUAAAAUCUUUCUUUCUAUGUAUACUAAAAAGAAACAAGUAAAUAAAAUAAACAAAUAAAAGCAAAAGGAUGUAGAUAAAUACCUACAACAGAAUUUUUUACAUUUGUCACCUCCUGGACAAGGAGUCUGAUACCGGAUGGAGCAACAAAUUUGGUGCAGGAAUAAGGUUGGAUUUAAAGUCUGGCUUAACAGAAAAGGUCAUGACCAGAUAAAAGUCCCAUCAAUUUUCCAGACCUUCCACAACCUGAGAAUUUUACUACCCCCAUGUAAGGGACCUCUGAUUUUCACUGAUGCCAAUUCUAAGGAUAAGAAAUCAUCCCAGUUAGUCAACUGAGUCACAUAAAUCAGUAACUUUAUUACCAGCUUAAUAAUAUAUGAUGUAAGGACCACUUGACAUCAUUUGUUCCUAAUGUGGAUAAAAGUCAAUGAUAACUGUAAAGGUUUUCUAAGGAAGACAAAGUGAUUUUUCUAGGCUCCUUAAAUGUGCCUGUAACAGAGAGUUAUCACAAGCCCAUUUCUGAAGGCCAAAAUAAUGGCAGGACUAAGAAAGAAGUCAGGUCCAGCUUGCCUCCCAGUCUCCACAGGCCUGUGGGUCCUGAUGCAGUUCUGCUGUCUACCAACAGGGUUUUAGAAAGUGAAGGCAUACCCAAAGAAAGCAGUUCUCCUAGUCACAGCUCAGAGGAGAUUCAGAACGCUGCCCCAACUAGUAGGCCAGCAUCUCCGAAAAGCCUAAGCUCCAGCCACAGGUGGCACCAACAGCAGAGCUUCCCUGCCCGGCCCUGAACAAAGCUCCAAAGGGGUCUACCAUUAGCUACUGGUUGCCUUUUCACCCAUCUUUCCCUCAGCCCCUGCUUUCUUGCCAUAGCUGGGAUAACGCAUGCCAGUCCCACUAUUUCAAAGCCUGUCUAGAUCAUUCUGUAACUAGCAGAGUGCUGUGUUGUGAAUAUGUGGGGUGGGGGCGGGGGGCUGUUAACGAUUGUCUCAUGGACUUUAAUUGGACUUUUGACCUUUGCCUCUGUAGAAAUUGUGUUUCCAUAUGCUUCUGCGCAAUAUUCAGUGGCUGUUUAUUAAAAUAUUUCUGAAUUGUACUUAAGACUA